AUGGCACAUCUAAGCAUCUUAUUGAUCUGUCUUCAAGUAGCUUUAUUGAAAGAAGCACUGGCUUUGCCUUUAGUCGGCAGCACUCUCAACUUGCCAAACGCAAUCACUACAAAUACGGUGCCUGGCAAUGUCCUCUCUGGUACUGCCACUCAAAUUGUGGCACCCGAGUACAUCAAUAACUGGCCUGCCAGUGCUCAACCAGUGCCACUGGUGACAGAAAUUUUGCCAAACUUACAGUUCGGCGAGGUCAAUGUUGACGGUGAAAUACCAGUCGGUGGCAUGAUCAAGGUCAGUGGCAGUUUCCCUGUCUUCGGCAGUGUUAGCUUGGAUGGCACCGUGCCGUCUUUUGGCACGGCUUAUGUUGAUACUGGCAAUGUUUUUAAAUCAGAUUGCGCUUGUGUUUAA